AUGGAGAAGAGAGUGUGCGUGAUCCAAACUGACUUUCAUCAGUACCGACCCAUCAUUGGCCUCCACGGCAAGCCUUUGGCACACGUUAAUCCACUGCAGAAGUGUGCACAAGCAGGGAUGAGAGAGAGAGAAGAGCUGAAGAAAGCGAUUGAGCAGGCGGACCGACUGCUCUCCAGGGUCCGAGAAUUAGAAGAAGAGAACUCGGCACUUUGCAAAGAAAAGAAUGAGGCUUUCAUUAGGAUGCGAGCUGAGCAGGAGAGCCUGCAGCAAGCAGAGCAGCGUUGUGUGCAGCUGGCCAAGGCCAAGCGGGAGCUGGAGGCCCAGGUGGUGGGAUUGACCGACCGUCUGGAAGAGGAGGAGGGAGCGACAGCUCAACUGGCCUCCCAUCGCCAGCGUCUGGAGGCCGAGUGCUGCGGUCUCCGCCACGACCUGGAAGAGCUUGAAACCACGCUGAGUGUGGUAGAGAGAGACAAACAGUCUCUAGACUCUAAUGUGAGGAAACUCUCUGAGGAACUCUCUCAGAAAGAGGAAAUUGUGCAGAAACUGCAGAAAGAGAAAGAGCAUCUGGUGGAACUCAGUCAGGUGACCUUAGAAGACCUGCAGAGCGAGGAGGAGAAGGUGAAUCUCUUGACCAAAGAGAAAGCGAAACUUCAGGUGCAGGCUGAGGAUCUUGAAUACCUCUUGGAGCAGGAGAGGAAGCAGAGGAGUGACCUGGAGAGAAGCCGAAAAAAGCUGGAGGGAGACAGUAAAAACGCUAUGGACAGUCUGAAUGAGAUUGGGAAGAUGAGGGCCAGCCUGGAGGAGAUCAUUAAGAAGAAAGAUGUAGAGAUAAGUGCCACCAACACCAAACUGGAGGCUGAAGAGGUUCUGAGUGCGAGCCUACAGAGAAAGAAUAAGGAGCUCCAGGUUCGCAUAGAGGAGCUGGAGGAGGAACUGGAAGCAGAGAGAGCCAUGAGGGCUAAGGUGGAAAAGCAACGUGCUGAUCUGACCCGAGAACUGGAUGACCUGACUGAUCGACUGGAAGAGGCGGGUGGUGCCACUGCUUCUCAGAUUGAGAUGAAUAAGAAGAGGGAAGCCGAGCUCCAACGUUUGCGGCGGGAACUCGAGGAGUCAUCCGUGCAGUCGGAGACAUUGGCUGCGGCGCUAAGGAAACGCCAUGGCGAUGCUCUAGCUGAGCUGGGCGAGCAAUGUGAAGGCCUUCAGAGGACUCGCGCCAAACUGGAGAAAGAAAAACAAAACUUGCGACUGGAAGUGGACGACUUGUCUGCAUCACUGGACACCCUGCAGAAGGCCAAGGCAUCCACUGACAUGCAGCUGAAAAAACUGGAAGAAUUGCUCUCUGAGGCCAACUCCAGGAAUGAGGACCUUCAAAAAGCUUUGAAUGAGGUCACUGUGACCAAGAACAGGCUGACAGCUGAUAAUAAUGAGUUGAGCCGUCAGCUGGAGGAGGCAGAGAAUCGUGCAAAUCAGACAAGUCGCUCCAAAACUCUUCUUAUAAGCCAAAACGAGGAGUUGAAGAAACAGCUGGAUGAGGAAAUCAAAUGUAAGACAGCAGUGAACAACAGUCUGAGUGCCGCACGUCAGGAGUGUGAGGCCCUAAAAGAGCAGCUGGAGGAAGAGCAGGAGAGUAAACUGGAGCUCCAGCGCCUUGUCUCCAAACUUAACAGUGACGUAACCCACUGGAGAACCCGCUACGAGACCGACGCCAUCCAGCACAGCGAUGAACUGGAGGACACCAAGAAAAAGCUGUUGUCUCGGCUGCAGGAGGCUGAGGAGGCAGUGGAGGCCACUCAGGCUAAAUGUUCCAGCCUGGAGAAAACCAAGCAGAGACUCCAAGGAGAGGUGGAGGAACUCUGUGUGGACCUGGAAAAGGCGAACAAUGCUGCAGCAGUUCUGGAUAAGAAGCAGCGAAUGCUGGAGAAACAGCUCUCUGACUGGAGGCAGAAGUGCGAGGAUCUGGUGGUCGAGGUGGAAGGCUGUCAGAAAGAGAGCCGGCAGCAUGCCACGGAGCUGUUUAAGCUCAAAACCGCUUACGAAGAGGCUGUGGAACAAGGCGAGGCCCUACGCAGGGAGAACAAGGCCUUCCAGGAGGAAAUUGCCGAUCUCACCGACCAGCUGUCGGACGGGGGGAAGAGCGUCCAUGAGCUGCAGAAAAUGAAAAAGAAAAUUGAGAUGGAGAAAGAGGAACUGCAGGCUUCGCUGGAGGAGUCUGAAGCAGCUUUAGAGGCUGAAGAGACUAAGGUUUUGAGGCUGCAGCUGGAGCUCUCCCAGGCCAAAGCGGACGUGGAGCGUCGCCUUCAGGAAAAGGAGGAGGAGCUCGAGGCUACCAGAAAGAGUCACCAGAGAGCACUAGAGUCUCUACAAGCCAGCCUGGAUGUGGAGGUGAAAGGUCGAACAGAAGGAGCCCGUUUGAAGAAGAAGAUGGAGGGCGACAUUAAUGACUUGGAGUUACAAGUGGAUCUGCUGAACAAAAAUAAUGGGGAGCUGAUGAAGACUGUCAAGAAAAUGCAACAACAAAUCAAGGAUAUGCAAACCCAGCUUGAGGAGGACGCUCGCCAGCAGGAAGAAGUGAGGGAGGAGCAGGCUCUGCUGGAGCGACGCUGCUCCCUGCUGGUCACCGAGAGAGAGGAGAGCCGCGCUGCAUUGGAGACUGCGGAGAGAGCCCGGAAGACUCUGGAAACAGAGCUCCAAGAGACCACUGAGAAGUACAAUGAGAUGAACAACCAGUUUCAAACAGCCUCUAGUGGCAAGAGGAAAUUAGAGGUCGAUCUACAGCAACUGACCCAGGAACACGAGGAGCUUCAGGCAGAGCUGAGGGGAGCAAAUGACAAGGCCAAAAAAGCUGCGUGUGAGACAGCCCGAGUGGCUGAAGAGCUGAGAGUGGAGCAGGAACAUACCAUGCACCUGGAAAGGGUGAAGAAAGGUUUGGAGGCCCAGAUCAAAGAUUUGACCACCAGACUGGAUGAGGCUGAACAGUUGGCUAUGAAAGGAGGGAAGAAGAUCAUCCAGAAGCUGGAGGGAAAGGUGAAGGAGCUGGAGCUGGAUUUGGACACGGAGCAGAAGAGACAUGCUGAGACGGUGAAAACCCUGCGAAAGAACGAGCGACGGCUCAAAGAGCUGCUCUUCCAGUCCGAGGAGGACCAGAAAAACCAGCAGAGGAUGCAGGAGCUGGUGGAGAGGCUGCAGAUAAAAAUGAAAGCCUACAAAAGACAAGUGGAAGAAGCGGAGGAGCAGGCCAACGUGAAUCUGGCCAAGUACAGGAAGACGGUCCAUGAGCUGGAUGAUGCAGAGGAACGGGCUGACAUAGCAGAAUCCGCUCUCACCAAGAUCCGGACGAAGAACAGGGGCAGCUUUGGCAAGGGAUACUCAUCAGGUUACAGCACUCCGUAUCCAGGGGUAAUGAGGUCUCCUAGCUCUGUAGGCUCUGAAGGCAGAGGAGAGAAGAUUAUAAAUGACGAUGAGGAGUCUGUCAGUUCUCUCAUCCCUACCUAUCUCAACUCACUGAAAAAACUGAUGAUUGAGUAG